GCGAGGGCGGCGGCGGGCUGGCGCGACAAAAACUCCAAAGAAAAUUCUGAGCUGUGUAGCUCUAGGAAGUGAAACAUUCAUUCAGAAGAAGAGUGUAGACUCUUAAGAAUACAUUUGGCUCUUCACCAUGCGGUUAGGAAAACCUAAGGGAGGUAUAUCUCGGAGCUCAAGCCAAGGAAAAGUCUAUGAGAACCAGCGCAAAACAGGCCGGCAGCGGCAGAGAUGGGGAAUGACUGUUCGCUUUGAAUCAAGCUUGAGUAGGCUGAAAAGAAGCUUGGAUGAGAAGCCUUAUAAAUGUGUCGAAUGUGAAAAGAGUUUCAGUCAGAGCUCAACUCUUUUUCAACACCAGAAGAUCCAUACUGGAAAGAAAUCCCAUAAAUGUGCUGAUUGUGGAAAAAGUUUCUUUCAGAGUUCUAAUCUCAUUCAGCAUCGACGGAUCCAUACUGGGGAAAAGCCCUACAAAUGUGAUGAGUGUGGAGAAAGGUUUAAACAGAGCUCAAAUCUCAUUCAGCACCAGAGAAUUCAUACUGGAGAAAAACCCUAUCAGUGUGAUGAAUGUGGCCGAUGUUUCAGCCAGAGUUCCCACCUCAUUCAACAUCAGAGAACCCACACAGGGGAGAAACCCUACCAGUGCAGUGAAUGUGGCAAAUGCUUCAGCCAGAGCUCUCAUCUUAGGCAGCACAUGAAGGUGCACAAAGAAGAGAAGCCUCGUAAAACCCGGGGCAAAAAUAUUAGGGCAAAAACUCACUUAGUAUCAUCUUGGAAAGCUGGUAAAGGAAGGAAGUCAGUGGCUGGUCUCCGCUAAGUAAAGGGCACUGCAUCAGCCCUCUUUUAAAAAAUAAAAAGCAUUUCUUUUAGAACUGGA